CGUUUCUUGAUCGAAAAAAAUUGACGUGCUAUACACGAAGGUGACCAUGUUGGAUACUGAGGACGAUAUACCGUUCGGUGACUCUCUCGAGGACCAGGAUUUCGUGAAGGCAACAAAGUACGUCGAGCGCAAUACCUGGUGUUUUACGCAACAUCAACUGUUAAGUUUCUACGCAUUGUACAAGCAAGCAACGGUUGGUUCCUGCACUAUCCCCAUACCAAGCAUUUUACACCCGCAAGCACGAGCCAAAUGGUAUGCGUGGAAUAAACUGCAGCAGAUAGACAAGGCAUCGGCAAAGUCAGAAUAUGUGAGGUUGCUAGAUGACCUGAAGCCUGCUUGGGACUGCAGUCGUGGCAGCGGUUGGGUUUCCGUGUCCCGACCAAAGCGACAGGAGGAUGAAUGUAUCGAUGAGACGGAGGAAUAUAUACUUACUACCUACAUCAAGGACGGUUGCUUAGAUGGGAUCGAGGACACGCGGCCAUCCUGGAAUGCAUACUGCAAACUCCCGGAAUCGAUGUUAAUCUAGCAGACAUAACAGGUCAAACGGCGUUACACUAUGCAUGCAGCUGCGAUAAUUAUGAUUGUGUGAAACUUUUAUUGACGCAUAACGCUGACCGCGAUUUGGUUGAUGAAGAUGGAAUAACAUGCGUUGAGAAUGCGUUAUCUGAUAAA